AUGGCUGCAAGUGGAUCUUCAGCAAACCACAAGGGUAAUAGGCAUAGCGACGCUGGGAGACAUGAUUGGGAUCAGUGGGUUACUAAAUACAAGCUACAAUAUGGCGAUGAUGGACUAACUUUCAGGAUUUACAAGCGAAACGUAGACACAUCAGACACGGUAUGAAUACGAAAGACUUUUUGAACAUGAUGUUUUUUUCCUUCUUGCUGUAGGGUGGGACAACGAAAAACAAUUAGUCCCCAAGAGCGAUAGAACCCCAGACCUUCGAAUUCUUCGCUCCAAUACACUAACGCUUCGCCACAGUGACCUUACAGACAACUGAGCUAUUACGAGGUCCAUCAUAUGUUCAAAUAUGAGCUUUUCUUUUUUUGCUUUUGGUAGGUCUGAGACGAGGUCGAGAUACAUGAGAACGCUAGAGAACGACUAGUAAAAAAUUAGUGAGACUAACUGUAUUAGUUUAUAUCUAUGUUUGUAUUUGAUGGCUGAUAAACAUGUAGAAAAGCAUCAACUAAGGUUCUAGGUUGAGACCUACUGCUUCUGUAUAAUGCAUACAUUCGUCAAUUCUACAUCCCACAAUACUCUACUCAGGUUUUCCCAGGAAACACUGACAGGGACACAGUUGUGUAUCACGAUCUUAACCCGGUCAUUGAUGCUCGCUUCGUUCGAGUUCUUCCGAUGGAAUGGUUUGACUUUAUCGGGAUGAGAAUGGAGCUUUACUCUUGUCAA